AUGGACGGAGACUGGGAUGAGGUCUCCCGAAUUGCAUUCCCGCCCCCGGGCGUCCAUGCGAUGCCGACAUCGGUAACUACGAUGACGUUUGACACCUCUCAAGAGUUGCUCUGGACUGGCAAUGACUUUGGCCGUGUUAUGUCGUUCCUGGGUACCGAGCUACAGAGGUAUACCUCGUUCAAGGCGCAUCAGACCUCGGACGGUCCUGUGCGUCAGAUAUUGGUCAACGACAGAGGCAUUGUGUCUUUGGGCUCCAAGGAUGUUCACAUGGCCUUGAGGAGAGGCCCGCCAUUAUGCCAUGUCAGGCACGACGAAAUGAAAGACUUGCGCUGCAUGAGCUUCACUUCAAAGGGCACGGCGGAAAUCCUCGUCGCUGGACUCCAGAACAAAAUGCUUGUCAUUGACCUCAAUAAGGGCGAGGUCGUCAAGCAGCUGCCUACGGAACACCAGUACUCCAUCAUGAAGCGUGGGCGCUACAUCUGCGCAGCCACCAAGAGUGGAUCGGUGCAUCUUUUGGACCCCGUCAGCUUCGCCGUCGUCAAGUCCUGGAAUGCGCACUCUGCGCUGGUCAACGACAUGGACGCACAGCACGACUUUAUUGUGACCUGCGGAUACUCCCUGCGGCAGGGACAGAACUAUAUGCUGGAUCCGUUCCUCAACGUCUUCGAUAUCAAGAAGAUGUCGUCGAUGCCCCCGAUUCCCUUUCCAGCCGGGGCUGCCUAUGUUCGCAUGCACCCCAGGAUGCUCACGACUAGCAUCGUCAUCUCUCAGACUGGCCAGAUGCAUGUCGUGGACCUCAUGAACCCCAACACUAGCAACGUCCGGCAGGCAAACGUGCUCACCUACCUAAGCAUGUUCGAAAUCGCCCCCUCGGGCGAAGCCAUGGCGCUCACCGACCCCGAGUGCUACAUCCACCUAUGGGGGUCACCUUCGAAACUUCACUUCGUGGACCUCCCAACUCCGUUGGAGUUUGCCACACCUGAAGAGCCAAUGGGCCCUAUCGAAUGGACCCCUGAGACACCUCUGAACUCGAUCGGCUUGCCAUACUAUCGAGAAGUGUUGGCUUCAGCUUGGCCCGACGCCGUGUGUGACGUUGGCGCCCCUCCGGCCAAGCUCGACGUCCAGUUCAUCAGUAGCCUUAAGACGACCGAGUUCGGACUCUACGGCCGCAACUCUCGCGGGAUCCGAAGAAACCAGAUCGAGGAUACUCGUAACGUCAACAGGUCGGCUAGCACUGGCCUGAAAGCACCCAAAUUCCUGAGCGAAAAGGCUCGCGAGUCGGCCAAGAGCGAUACCAAGAGCGCGGAUGAGAAGCCAGAUGAUAUCUCGAGCCCGACGAUAGAAACAGGCAUCGAAAGCAAGAAGGCUGAGGUGCCCAUGAUGUACCGCAACGUAGAGAUUAAGUACAGCAAAUUUGGCGUCGACGAUUUCGAUUUCGGGUUCUACAACAAGUCUCGCUACUCAGGCCUAGAAAUCCACAUCUCAAACUCCUACGCCAACUCGCUCCUCCAGAUGAUGAACUUCACACCUCUGAUCCGAAACCUGGCUCUCCAGCACGCAGCAACAGCAUGCGUCAGCGAAAUAUGCCUGCUGUGUGAGCUCGGCUUCCUAUUCGACAUGCUGCAGAAAGCCGACGGAUCCAUCUGUCAAGCAACAAACCUGCUCAGGACCCUGAGCCACCACCCUCAAGCCGCUCCCCUGGGGCUCCUUGAAGAAGACUCGCAUGGGUCGUCGCUGAAUGUGAUGCUACAGGGACUCACGCGAUUCCUACUGGACAAGAUCGUACAGGAUUACAAAAGCAUAUCGCCAGCCUCCUCCGCCAUGGAACAGGUACUUGCGACCUCGGCUACGAGCUCGAUUCGAUGUGUCAACUGUAGGAGCGAGUACACGAGACCUGGAUCGACUUUUGUCAAUGACUUGCUCUACCCUCCACAUAAGGCGUCUGGUCGCAACAGUAAGAUGUCGCGUGUCACCUUUUCUCAGGUUCUUAAGAGUAGCAUUGAGAGAGAGACAACGUCCAAAGGCUGGUGCAGCCGAUGCCAGCGAUAUCAGACAAUCGCGACCAGGAAAACCAUUCACAAUGUCCCGGCAGUACUUAUGCUCAACACAGCGAUUACGAGCCAGGAUCAUCGAAUGCUUUGGUCAACCCCAGGCUGGCUCCCCGAAGAAAUUGGCAUCAUCGUUGACCAGGGCCAGUUCUACUGCUACGAAGGCGAGGAUUUGAAGCUCCACCUGCAGCGCGGUAUGCACAAUAUUGUAGUGUACUCACUGAUCGGCAUGGCCAUCAACAUCGAGAACGGCCAGACACAGAAGCCACAUCUUGUCGCUAUGGUUAACGUUGCACAUGCUGAACCGGAAUCACCGGAGCUGAGCCAAUGGCAUUUGUUCAACGACUUCCUGGUUCGCUCAGUCAGUACCGAAGAGGCACUCACUUUCAAUCAGUCCUGGAAGACGCCCUCAGUCGUGGCCUUCCAGGUCAAGCAUGCGAACAACAAGAUUGAUACUGAAUGGAGAGAUCAUCUGGACACCUCGAUUCUCUACCAGGAUCUCAACCCGAACCUGCAGUCUGAUGGCAAGACAUAUCAGAUUUUGGACCCCGAGACGGAACGUCCAGGGCCUGAGACGAUAGUUGCUCUAGACACAGAGUUUGUUGCUGUGCGGCAGCCGGAGAUCGAAAUGAACUCGGACGGUGAACGGGAGACGAUCAGGCCGAUCGUGUACGCGCUAGCCCGAGCAUCCGUUGUGCGGGGCAAGGGCGAGAACGAAGGCGUGCCGUUUGUGGAUGACUACAUUGCCAUCAAAGAACCCAUCGUCGACUAUCUAACCUCGUAUUCUGGCAUCCGUGAGGAGGAUCUUGACCCGCGCAUUUCCAAACAUAGCCUCUUGCCGCUCAAGAUGGCUUACAAGAAGCUCUGGAUUCUCUUGAACCUGGGCUGCAAGUUCUUGGGGCAUGGACUGAAGCAGGACUUUCGAGUCAUCAAUAUCCAUGUGCCCAAGGCGCAAGUCAUCGACACAAUCGACCUCUUCUUCCUCAAAUCGCGCCUUCGCAAGCUCUCGCUCGCCUUCCUGGCCUGGUAUCUCCUCAAGGAAGACAUUCAGCUGGAGACGCACGACUCGAUUGAAGACUCGCGCACGGCACUCAAGCUCUACAAAAAGUACCUGGAGUUUCAGGAUGCGGGCAUCUUGGAGACGAUGCUGCAGGACAUUUACCGCGCAGGCAGAGACGUCAACUUCAAGCCGCCCCGCAAGGACGGCGCCGACGUGCAGAGGACCGACACGCCCCCGUUGCCGAUCGAGGGCGCGACCACGGGGCCGUCGACCCCGGUGAGGAAGACGACGGGCCUGGCCGCGCCGGCACAGGGCGCGACGGGGUUUGGUGGAGCUAGCUGGACUCCCGGCAAGAGUUCGCCGUUGAGGUAG